AACCCUGUCUAAUAUUUUUUUUUUCCAGAUUAGAGUAGAGGAAAUUGCCACAGAUGACAACGUGACAGGACCUUGUGCAACUGUGAACAGCGGAGCACUCGGCCAAGUUCUAUAUAUUGGAAGAUUACAUGCAAGCAACCAUAUGACAUUUCUGACUUCCAGUUAGGUUUAGUAUUUUUAUUGCCAAAUUAUUAAUAUUAAUUACAAGUGAUUUCUUGUCAACUGUCAAGUUUGUAUUUUUCAAAGCAAUGCAAUGCCUAUGGCAACCCAAAAUAAGAUUGCUGCUGGAAGUCUGUUGACUGAUGAAACCUCAGAAUUUGUUGUUCUAUUUACACCUCAUUUACUUAGGGUGGAUGUUGAGGCUGUAGAAAAUGAACUCAGCAACAUUAUUGGUUGUGAAGGAAUUAUUCGUGCAGUAAGCAGUAACUGGCUCAGUGAUAACCUGGACUUGUGCAUGAAAACGCCUAAGGUUUUGUCAGCUGCCAGCCCUCUCAGUCGCAGCAAGAAAACGGAAAUUGCUCAUCCAGAUGAAAGUGGAGAGACGGAAAUUGCUCAUCCAGAUGAAAGUGGAGAGGAUAAAAGUUCUCCAGCUGAAGUAAAGAGAUCUGUUGCUGUGUAUGAGGCAGUGGUGGGAAUGUGCCGAAAAGCUUGCCUUUUGCAUCCAAGAGCCACUCUGCUGUCUCUCAAGGAACAGCAGCAAGCAUUACUGCUUUGCUUAGCCAGGCGCAACAAAGAGGCCAACAAAGAUUUUGGAGCAGACGCCAGUGACUUCCAAGCCGCAUGGAAUGUUUUGAAGAAAGAAGCUCGUGAGCAGCUCACUUGUGGAAGGACUGUAGUGAAGCUCAGUGAAAACAUGGAUCCUGCUCUGCAAGAUCUGUAUGAGCUAGUGUCAAGUUAUAAGGCAUUCAUAAGCAGCUGCAACUACCUGGACUUUCUCAGCCUGGCCCACAUCUUCUCCACAGCCUUAGGAGCAGCUAACAAUCCAAUACACCGUGUACUAUCAUCAAAAGUGUUGGUGGUUGAGGGCUGUAUUGAUGUCAUGGAACGCUUAAUGCUGCUGCCACUCAUCCGUCGUGCUGCUUACUUGUACACAAGUGCUCCUGGGAGCUGCUCCCGCUACAAGGUUCAAGAUCAUAUGUCAGAGGAUUCUGCGAGGAACUCUGAGGCCAAGCCCGUACUCCCUGCUGAAUUCAGUAUAUCAUCAAGCGAGCACAGUAUUCAGUUCACCCGAGUUGAUAUUAGUCAUCAAUCUGCCGAUGAAAUCUUAGACUCUCUCUUCGGUACCGCCCCCAAUGCCGCUUGCCUGACGCCAGGAACUAGGCAUACUCGGGGCAUCCAGCCUAACGCCAGUCUCCCCUCGCCACGUGACCUCUCCUUCGGAACACCUGUCAGCUCCAAAGUUUCUGGCAGCCGAGACCUCUGUACAUCAAACCUAAAAUCGUCCGUCCGCACCCCUCGUGCAAACGCAUGCAGAAGCAGAGGUGGUGAAACUCUUUUGUACAUAAGGCAGGUGAUGGUGUGCCAGCUGCGACUGCUGCUCAACACCCGCGACGAGAUGGCCUUGGCAGUGAACUGCAGCCUACCCGGCACCGCGCUCUCUCAGGCAGCCUUUGCAGACAUCAAGCAGGAGGCGCGCCGCAUCAAUAUGCCCAUGUUCCAGACGAUUUUGUCGGUGGUGCAGAAACGUCGCCUCGGUGGUAGCGGUUACCAGCUACCUAGCAAUUCUCAAAUCCUGGCCCAUGUUGCACCGCUCACCAACUUCGUCGACCACAUCAACAAACUCACGACCAUCGUCGAGGACGAGUCAUGUCCCACUACCGCCGCAAACAAAAUCUUGACCAGCAUCAAGCGAUACGUGGUUCAACAAUGCACAGGAGUCCACUCCAAAAAAUGCCCUAUCAAAGUUUCUACGAUCGAGGCUGUCCAUAAAAAUCUCCUGGAAACGUUGGACUCUUGUCUCUCUACACCGGCCUUAAUUACUGAAAAUAAAACCAAUCCGUGCAAUGCAGGAAAACAAGCGGGCUUGCCAUACCCUGUACUGGGGCUUCUGCAGCGACUGUGCGACCGAUGCACAGGGGAAUGCAGCACAGCGGAUGACGGCGCCGUGGCUCUCGUCUCCGCCUGUGCGGAUACCAACGAUAUUGUUCUCACUCAAGCCAGUGGAAGCCCACGCCUGGUUUACACGCCCCUACGCGUACCAUCGUUGUUAUCCUUGUACAGAACUCCUCCUCCCUGUCAAGAUGAUCCUGAAGACGUUAUUGUAGAAGAAAAGCUCUCUGUCCGUUACAUGAAAAGAAACAAGGCAACGCCCGCUCGCAGCAAGAGGCAUCAGUCGUGUUUAGCGUGGGCGCCAGAUAAUUUAUCUCCAUUGCAGGUGAUAGCGUCACCCGUGCCUCUGAGCCAAAGCGGUGUUGGCUCUCUGGCUCAAUCGAGGAUUUCGUCCCAUGAUGUGUUAGAAAUGAUCGCUGAUCUGCCUGACAGCAGCCUCGCCAAAGGCGACAUGGAUGCCAAGGAACGUCUUAAAAACAUCCCGAAAUGUUCCAAUAAUAAACAGGCUCCGGCUGUUAAGCGUUCUAGUAAGCGGUCGCUGUUGAGUGACAUGUCUGGUAUUGCCAAAGAUGCUGAGAAAAAUAAAAAAUCAAAAAUUGAUUCGGGUCCAGUUAGUGCAAAACGAAAUAAAAAUUCUCAGCAAUUACCAUCGUGUCAGAAAUCGAUUACUUCAUUUUUCAAAUCUAAGUGAUACGUUUCGUGAUAAUUUAUAAUUUAGAAUGCCUGAUAGAUUGAUAGAACUCGUUUUACGAUGCUUCUGCUCAAUUGUAUUUAUUUAUUUUUUUUUUCCUCGAGACAUUUCCCAAGUGCUUAAUCCAGCCGCGGCUAGGGCUGCUCUAACUAUAUGAUUAGAUAAAUUUAUCAGCUUAUGCUGUAUCGCGUCAUAGAGCAUCCGCGACCGUCGUGACUAAACGAUCCGCAGUCUUCGCCAAAGUUGUCCUCGUAUUGCGUUAGCUUCCGGUUUGCUAAUUGCUCUAGAUUAAGCUUUGUCUAUAUUCGAGUGGGCCUUUUUUUUAACCAAAAUUGCAGUUAAUCUAACCUUCAGAGUUAUUGUUUUAAUGAGAUUUAAAUAUUUUCUUCUUCAUUUUUCUUUUCAAU